AGAGGGUCGCCCUGGACGGCCAAGCCCCGCCUCCGCCCGCAGCGGAAGCCGGAAGCAGCCGCAGGCCCCGCUAGCCCCGCGACGUCCAACUCGAUAGUCUCGGAGGUCCACAGCAUUGGCGAGAAGAUGGCGGAGGAGGAGUUCUCCAACACAACCCAUGAGAGCUUCAACUUCACCCUUCACACUACUCUGGGUGUCACCACGAAGCUGGUGCUCCCGACACCUGCCAAGCCCAUCCUUCCGGUGCAGACAGGGGAGCAGGCCCAGCAGGAGGAGCAGUCAAGUGGCAUGACCAUUUUCUUCAGCCUUCUCGUCCUAGCCAUCUGCAUCAUCCUGGUGCACCUGCUGAUCCGGUACCGACUGCACUUCCUGCCUGAGAGUGUGGCUGUCGUCUCUCUAGGUAUUCUCAUGGGAGCAGUUAUAAAAAUUAUAGAGUUUAAAAAGCUGGCAAAUUGGAAGGAGGAAGAAAUGUUUCGCCCCAACAUGUUUUUCCUUCUCUUGCUCCCACCUAUCAUCUUUGAGUCAGGAUAUUCACUGCACAAGGGGAACUUCUUUCAGAACAUCGGCUCCAUCACUCUCUUUGCUGUCUUUGGAACGGCGAUCUCUGCUUUUGUAGUAGGUGGAGGAAUUUACUUUCUGGGUCAGGCUGAUGUAAUCUGUAAACUCAACAUGACAGACAGUUUUGCAUUUGGCUCCCUGAUAUCUGCGGUUGACCCAGUAGCCACUAUCGCAAUUUUCAAUGCACUGCACGUGGACCCCGUGCUCAACAUGCUGGUGUUUGGAGAAAGCAUUCUCAACGAUGCAGUCUCCAUUGUCCUAACCAAUACGGCUGAAGGUCUAACAAGAAAGCAUAUGUCGGAUGUCAGUGGGUGGCAAACGUUCUCACAGGCCCUCAGCUACUUCCUCAAAAUGUUCUUUGGCUCUGCAGCACUGGGCACGCUGACUGGCUUGAUCUCUGCAUUGGUGCUGAAACACAUUGACCUGAGGAAAACGCCUUCCCUGGAGUUUGGCAUGAUGAUCAUUUUCGCUUACCUGCCAUAUGGGCUGGCAGAGGGAAUCUCACUCUCAGGCAUCAUGGCUAUCCUGUUUUCUGGUAUCGUGAUGUCACACUACACACACCAUAACCUCUCCCCAGUCACCCAGAUCCUCAUGCAGCAGACCCUCCGUACUGUGGCCUUCCUGUGUGAAACAUGUGUGUUCGCAUUUCUUGGCCUGUCCAUUUUUAGUUUCCCUCACAAGUUUGAAAUUUCCUUUGUCAUCUGGUGCAUAGUGCUGGUACUGUUCGGCAGAGCCGUCAACAUCUUCCCUCUGUCCUACCUGCUGAACUUCUUCCGUGAUCACAAAAUCACCCCCAAGAUGAUGUUUAUCAUGUGGUUCAGUGGCCUCCGUGGGGCCAUCCCCUAUGCAUUGAGCUUGCACCUGGGCCUGGAGCCCAUGGAGAAACGGCAGCUCAUUGGCACCACCACCAUUGUCAUUGUGCUCUUCACCAUCUUGCUGCUGGGCGGCAGUACCAUGCCCCUCAUCCGCCUGGUGGACAUUGAGGAUGCCCGGGCACGCCGCAGGAGCAAGAAGGAUGUCAACCUCAGCAAGACUGAGAAGAUGGGCAAUGCCAUCGAGUCAGAACACCUAUCUGAGCUCACCGAGGAGGAAUACGAAGCCCACUACAUCAGACAGCAGGACCUCAAAGGCUUCAUGUGGCUAGAUGCCAAGUACCUGAACCCCUUCUUCACACGGCGGCUGACACAGGAGGACCUCCACCAUGGGCGCAUCCAGAUGAAAAGCCUCACCAACAAGUGGUAUGAGGAGGUCCGCCAAGGCCCGUCGGGCUCUGAGGACGAUGAGCAGGAGCUGUUCUGAGCCCACAAUGCCCUGGGCCCGGAAGAAGAUGCCUCAUGCAGCCUCCUCAGAACAAGAGAUGGUAGGUGGAGGGCUAGGAAGCCCAGGCCUUCAGUGCAUGCUGGCUUCAGAAAUGUGAUCGGCCUCCAUGACUCACGGAACCAGGCCUGUCCCAAUGUUGUCUCUGGGCCUGCAGAGGAGGGUGGCAGUCUUUCUGCCAGGCCACAGAGAAAGCUUGGGAGGCUGGCUUGCUCAGCUCACACCAUGACUGGACCAUGCCUUCCUCACACCUGGAGCAGCUGCUGGCAGGCACAUCUGCUAUUUGUCUCUACAUUGUCAGGAUGCCUUGGUGGCAGCGGCAGCAGCCUCUACCUGUGCCAAGGCCAAGAGACUGAAAGGCCCACAGUCCCUGGCCUGAGUUCUCAAAGAGAGAGGCUGGAGGGCCUUUUUCUUGACAUGGGACUGGCACCUGUCAGCCUGCCUUUGGCAGGCAGCUGCAGUCCUCUGUGGGCAUACUGCAAAUGUCUCACCUGCCUGCAGGCUUCCAGGAAAGGCGGUGGCCUGAGUUUGCAGUGCUCUCUGAAGAGACAAAGGGGUCUUUAGACCCUGGAAGCACAGGAUCCUAGGGGCCACCCUUCCCCCCUAAUGUGGGGGCUACCUCCAUAUCGUCUCUGCUCUCCACCACUGCCUCCUCCCUCCUUCUUGCCCUCUGCCCCACAGUGUGAAGCUCCUUCCACCCAGCUGCUGUUCAGAGCCCAGCCUCUUUUACCAGUUCCUGGAACUUGGGUCCUGUGCCCACCAUGCCCAGGCCCCAGCUCUCCAAGACACUGGGGCAAUGGCCAGGGCACCGGCGCCAAGCUCAGUGUUCCCGCACUCCAGCCACUUGCCACUUGGGAUACUGGUGACUUUGGGUCACACAAACAGUCCCAUGCAUGUCUUAGGCUAAGGCGCUGGGUCCCACCACAGGCACUGGUUACCUGCCCUUUUAUAGCUGCUGCAGUCCAUCCAUCCGUGACCCCUCAGCAACCACAUGUGUGGGCCUGGCCUUCCCUCGCGCCCUGGGUGCUUAGCUGCUGUGUACGGCCUUGGCUCACAGUGGGCACACUGGGCCUGAGUGGGCUGCUUGCAGCUCUUUCCCACCUCAGGUGCUGGGGUUCUGACGCUGGAAGACAGCCAGGCCUCUGAGGCCUCACCUCACUGUGCUGCACGAGGUGGCAGUUGCAAGCGUGUAGUUUGCUUCUAUACAUUAGGUCACUUAUCUUUGGCACAGCCAAGAUGUGGCCUGGUCCUCUUCUCUGUCUUUCACUUCAACCCUGGAGCUGGAGUCACCUGUGGCCUUGUGCACUUGAGGCAAGGCUGGAGUCAGGUUGGAAUGUUCUCUUUCCCAGGACUCAUGCUCCAUCUCUGAGAUGGAGGUUGCUUUCCUUGCUCAAUGCUUGCCAAGAUUCCUUUUUAAACCUGAGAUUAAUAGGUGAAGCAGUGAAGCAUCAGGGUACCAUUCACUCAGUCCCUUGUCACCAGCUCAUGUCCCAGACACAUCACUCUUGGUCCCCUGCUUUAGCUGGAACCUGAAGAGAGUUUCCGGGAGGCUGGUGAGAAGGAGGGAGGGUUGCUGUGCCAGCCCUGAGUGCCAGUAGGCACCAGAUCUACCCUCUCCUGGGGAAUAUGGCCUUAGAACCUGGGAGUGCCCAGUCCUGCAGGGCCCAUGGCCAAGGAGCAAAGCUCUGGAGGGCAUUUCUCAGAUGAGAGACAAAUGCUGCCACCACCUUCCCAGACCCACUAGUCCUGUUCUGUACAGCAGUGAAUGUGAGAUGGUAGAAGGUGACCCAGCUGUGCUCCAAAUUUCAGGUCUAGGCCAAGGGACAGGCCAGCUGGGCACAGAAGGUAAUACUUCAGAGUGAGGGCCAUGGGUGCCCUUGGGGAUCUGGAACUAUAGCCCAUAGGCAGGCCUCACCCUGUAGUUCCUGGUGGCCCAUCCCUGCAGGGUAGGAGCCACUUCUUGGAACCGGUGGCCCUGCAUUCUGAAGUGCUGUGGUCACAGGGUUCCUCCAAACAGCCACAUCUAGCAUCUUGGGGUGAAACCUAACAGGUUGAGGGCUUGGUAUGCAGAUUCUUUUCUGUGCAAUUGAAUGCCAAGAGGCUGAGCAGAAAGCCUUCUUAAGACUCACCCUAAGAUCUACCAGGUCCACAUGCCCAUGGAAGGUUCUGGGCUGGGUGGCAACUGCCCAGACCCCCCCCACCCCCCCUUAGCCACAGAGGUACAUAUGGUAGAGAUCAGCUGUUCCUGGCUCCCAUGUGAGAAGGAAUUCAGUAGCUGUCUACUACCCACGAGGCUUCUAAGAUGCCACACGGAGACAGAAGCCCUCCCCAGUUCUCUCAGAAAUAGCAGCUUGAUUUCUCUGCUGGCUGGUGCCCAGGAAACCAGGUGCAAGCAGCACUGCGUUCUCUCAGGGCCCCAGGGCCAAGCUGUGUUAACUGGAACGGCAUGGUGGGGGGCUUCAGGUGGCCCUGCUUCUCCACCCUGCCUUCCCACCUGUCCACCCAGUCUCAGAGGAAGAGGUGCCAUGGCCCCCUCACCCAGGCGCAGUCAUGUACAGUAGUGGUGGGACAGGCCACUCUUGGUGGCUGUGGCUCUGCUCUAGAGCCAUGGUAGCCCAGGCUGGAGACUGGUGGAGCCCCCUGCUUCCACCAGGAGGAGGCUGAGGGCUCUUCACAAGCCUGGGUUCCUUACCUUGGCAGUGGAAGGUUCUGGAGAGGCUAGUUUUCUGUGUGACUUAAGGAGGCUGGCUAGGAGCCAUCUGUGUAAGGUCCCAGGGGCCUGAGCACGAAGGAAGUAUGUCACUCUCCUGGAGCUCACCCUUGCCUGCCUGCCUGUGUCCCUCCCCUUCAUCACUGAAUGGGAGGUCACAUCACUGGAUAGUUAGAAAUAAAAUGCUGUGAA